CAGCGGCAUGGUUUUCCCUGGAAGAGCAUCGAAGCGCACGCGAGAGGAUACCGGGGACCAGCCACGUAGAGUGGGAGGUUGAGUGCCUCAGACGUUAUUGCCGCUUCGUCGCAGCGCACAUUCCCCAAAGACGCAGUUUUGGUUCUUUGACUGCAGGCAAGUUACGCUGCUUGGUUUGUCUUGCGAGUCACCUCAAGCUCUAACGUUUCACGCACAAGUUGCUUGAUGUUCGACGCUUUUUCUCCAUCGAAACAAGCUUCAGUUCGAAGUUAGCACAACACAACUUUUUACACUGAACAUGUGCGAAGUGAACGCCUGCGUAUUUUUCGGAAGUAUGGAUGUGUCUGAAAAAAAAAAGAUGUUGCGGUUGAAGAGGAGAGUGGCGAGUUAUCUCCACCAAGUACUGAAGUAACUGUGACUGUCACUGUGGCCCAAUGGAACAUUCACUUCUCAAUCUGGAAUAGCUACCAGAAACCUCGAAGCAGCCAGCGUUUUCCACAUGCGCGACAAAGGUGACAACGUUCUAUGGGGGCAUUCGUGGUAAUGAGAAGGAGUGCAUUACGAGCUGCGUCGCACCGGAUACGACAUGUCUCGGCGUCGCUUACUCCCGGGUUGGCUAGCCCGUAGGUGCAAACGUACGCACAUGCCGCAUCGUGCAGCGGUCCUCACCGUGUCGAAGGCGAUCUUGACAUUGGAUGGGAUGUCCAACGCGAACGGCUUGAAGAUCGGGGUAUUGCUCAGCACACCGAACCGACAACUUGAUCGGCGUGGUGUCACUACGACAUCACGCCUCGCUUCUCGUAAGAUAACGAUGGGAACGAGCGCUGCAGCGUGGACUGCCAUGUCCGUGUCCUAGCGCACAGGUGCUGGCGGGCACGCUGGAACUCCAUGCCAAGAUCGAUGGGCCCUAUAGAGCUUGGUCGUGCUUCGAACGAGCUUCCUGGCUCAGAUGUCGAUUCGUCUCGGCUAAAAAUGCCUAUUUACAGUUCGGUAGUGCGGAAGUGCGAUUGCGCACCACAAGGUCUCGAGGAUGACUGAAAUGUGGCGCUGUCCGUUGAUCCUCGCGUCUUCAAGCUUGACUACAUCGCAACUUCCGAGGAGACAACAAGCCUGCCUGCUAGCCAGACGGCGUGGCCACACCUGGAAGUAUGCGGUCGUGGCCAAUCUUCGUGGCACUCCUGGCCAAUGUGGCGAUCUCCUCGUGGUUCGUGCUGGUGAACGCGGCAGCAUGCGCUGAUAUCUGCUACACAACUACGUUGACUGGAUUCGGGCCCGGUGGCACACCCGGCUGCACCUGCAGUGGCUCGCAACAGGGAGCGCGUACGGGAGCAGGAGGCUGCAACUGCGGCCAAUGCUAUGAGAAGACACAAGGUGUCGUCUACGGCUUCGCUGUCAACAGUAACGGUACAUGCACGUACGGCACAGACUGCGGGACGUGCGAUUACUCGACCGGUUCGUCGGCUAGCACCAGCGGAUCGGCGAGCGCUACCUCCAGACCUACGACCGCCACACCGUCGCCCGCGCCGGCCACCACUGCGCCUUCCGCCACUACAGCUACAGCAUCACCCGUGCCAGCCACCUCUGCGCCAUCCCCCACCGCAGAUGCAGGCUCGUCAUCAACUUCAUCGUCCAGUACGGGCUCGAAAGACAACUCCACACCUACCGAGAAUAGCCACUCAAGCUCGAGAGACAGCGUGGGUGAUGCCACAGGCAGCCACGCAGACAGCGAAGAAAAUGACAAGUUCCUGAGUACAUGGCAGAUUGCGCUGGCAAUUUGUUGCUGUGUGCUGAUCUUCGUCGUCGCCGUCGUGUCGGUAUGUGCGUGCUACUGCAAAGCGCGCAGCCGUCUGUACGAACACGAAGACGACCAGGCCAGUUACUAUCACCCGCCGCAAGCCUUCCAGCCGUGGGGUGCAAACAGCGCACUGCCUAUUGCUACUAAAACUAAUUCUAUCGUUGUAUAAAACUUGUACUUAAACCGUGCGCCGUGAGUUUGCCAUCAUGAAUUCCCAUUCUGCUGGUCUGUGUAGACCAAAAUGACCCUCAAACACGCGUUGUUGAUACUACGUCAAUUUGCCAGGGCCCCAAGCUUGCAAGUUGCAACUGUGUUAUCAAAUUCCUGGCAUCUGUAUAUUCGUCUAUCCGAAGUAGUUGGAUGAAUUUUGAGUUGUUUAUUGCUAUGCGUACAUACGUC